AUGUCGCGCCGGGCUCUGCGGCGGCUGCGGGGCGAGUGUCGCGGGCAGGGGCUGCUGGGCGAGGAGCCGCCCCUCGGCGGGCUGGAGGCGCGAGGCAGCAGCGAGGACGAGGAGGUCGCGGGGGACCAACUGCUGCCCGUGUCCGGCGGCGGGAGGCGGCGGCGGGGCCCGCGGAGGGAGCCCUUGGAGCGAGUGGCCAACCCUUUCGAGCUGAUAAACAGUGAAGGACUGGAUGAGGACCUGGUGUCUAAAGAGGAGACUGAUGACUCCCGACUGCAGGAAGGAGGCAACCCAGCAGCUGAAGAGGCUGAACCUGAAAGGCCCCAGAGCGACAAGAGGGAGGAGGGGGGAGAGGUGGAACAGCUGGAUCAAAUGACUACUGUAAACAACAAAUCACGAAAGAAAAAGAAGAAAAGAAAGAAUAAGAAGAAUCCUUCAAGCGAGGCUCUGUUCCUUGGAGAUGAUGACCAAGUGGAAAAUAUUGAAAGCAUCUUGCUGAGCAUUGAGAAUUCCAGUGGGCCCCCAUGCCAGAGCCAGAGCAGGCUGGUCACAGAUAACCGGCCUCUGCUGUACAUUGAACACAGGAGCCUGAAUCCAGAGACGGAGCUGAAGAGAUACUUCGGGGCCCGGGCGGUUCUGGGAGAUCAGAGGCCAAGGCAGAGGCAGCGCCAGUAUGUACGCAGCACAUGGUUGGCAGCCCCCAAGGACACCUGGCCACGUCACAGCAAAACAGGUAUAUCCAUGGUCCUGUUAGAAACAAGGCGUGGAGAACAACACUUUGCCUUUGAGCACAACCGGGAGUACCAGUUGGUGCAGUUCAAAUUCUUGGAUGCCGUGGAAUCAAUGGAUCCAAACAAUCUUGUGCUGCUGCUCCAGAUGAAUCCUUACCAUGUGGACUCACUUCUGCAGCUCAGUGACGUGUGCCGGAUGCAGGAAGACCAGGAGAUGGCCAGAGACCUGAUUGAGAGAGCCCUCUACACCCUGGAGUGCUCCUUCCACCCUGUGUUCAGCCUCACCAGCGGCACCUGCAGGCUGGACUACCGCCACCCGGAGAACAGAGCCUUCUACCUGGCCCUCUUCAAGCACUUGCUUUCCCUGGAGAGAAGAGGCUGUCCCCGGACUGCCCUGGAGACCUGCAAGCUCGUCUUGAGCUUCGAUCCGGAGAACGAUCCGCUGGGCAUGCUGCUGCUGGUGGAUUUUCUGUCGCUCCGAGCAAGAGAAUACGCCUUCCUGAUACGCAUGUUCCUGGAAUGGGAGGGUCAUCGGAAUCUGAGCCAGCUCCCCAAUUUUGCCUUCUCCGUCCCUCUGGCUUAUUUCUUCCUGAGCCAGCAGGAAGAUCUGCCUGAAGCAGAGCGAAGCGGAGCCCGUGAGCAAGCGGACGGCCUCCUUCAGCAGGCCCUGAUUAUGUUCCCCAGUGCCCUGAUGCCCCUUCUGGACCGAUGCAGCGUGCAACCUGACCCUGUGGUCACCUCCCAUGCCUUCUUUGGACUGGAAGCUCAGCUGAGUGUGCCAUCAGCGCUGAGCCAGCUGGUCUCCCUCUACCUGGGGAGGAGCCAUGCCCUCUGGAAGGACCUGGCCGUCAUGGCCUGGCUGGAGACCAAUGUCCACACGGUGCUGCGACUGGUGGAUGCCAAGGAGCCCUUUCUGGAGGAGGCAGAACAAAAGCGAAAGGCAAGAUAUCAAAAUGCACCCAGGAAUGUCUACCGCCACGUGAUCCUCUCGGAGAUCAGGGAAGCCACAGCUGCAUUACCUCCGGAAGUGACUUCCCAGCCCAUCAUGGGAUUCGAUCCUCUGCCACCCCUGGACUCGAUUGUUUCAUACACGAGACCUGAAAGGGCGACUCAUCCAGCCAACGAAAGCACUUUAUCCCUUUUUUUUCGCUCACUGCUGCCAAACUUCAGCUUACAGGGGGAAGUUCGCGCCGGAGGAGAAGCCGAGCUGGGCGCCGGGCAGAACCUCAACCAGGGAGUGAACCGGCUGAUGGCAGCAAUGCGGGAUAUGCUGGCCAACAUCCAGUUCCAGGAACCCCCCCGAGAUGACAACCCGGAGGACGAUGGGGGAGACUGGGACUGAACUCUGGCUCCCCUCUGCCCACCCACAAUAAACAGGUA